AUCAACAGGUGGCGAUGUUGUCAGCGUUUCGCCGCCCUCCCUUGACGGUUUUGCACAACAAAGCAAAUCCAACAUGGCAGCCCAGAGGAUAGCAUGUUCAGGGUUAAAUGCCCUUUAUUUCACUGUCUGCGCCCCAAAGCAGGCCCUGAGGAGCUGCUGGGGAGCCGUGGAGCAGGUGAGGGGUUACUAUGUUGACUGGAGGAUGCUAAGGGACGUCAAGAGAAGGCAGAUGGCCUUUGACUAUGCUGACGAGAGGCUACGGAUCAAUGCACUGAGGAAGAACACCAUACUACCCAAGGAGCUUCAGGAGGUGGCAGAUACAGAAAUUGCAGCACUGCCCAGAGACAGCUGCCCUGUGAGAAUACGCAACAGGUGUGUGAUGACCUCCCGACCGCGGGGAGUGAAGCGGAGGUGGCGACUGAGCCGGAUUGUCUUCCGUCAUCUCGCUGAUCACAACCAGAUGUCUGGGAUUCUGAGAGCGAGGUGGUGACUCAGGAUCCAUUGGACCCUACAGACGGAUUGGAUCGUGAAAAACAGGCUGUUUCAUUGGUUAUGAUCAGAAGAGCAGGACAUCAGCAUUCAAUACUGAUUUGUUUCGGGCCUGUUAGUGUCUGGAGUCUUUAGAGGUAUUGACUUUAGUAACAGUUCCACCACCACCCACAAAAGCCUGGAAGGUGUUCAUUUUUAAAGUGAAUCCACUGAGGUUACUGCAGCAAGUUUUCAGUAUUUUGUAUAUGCUGAAGAGAACAUGAAUAUGUCCUUUCUGUAGAUUGUUUUUCCUUGUUUCCUUAUGGCUCUUUUAAAUAUGAAGAACAAAAACUAACAUUUAAAGAGAAAAUGAUCAAGUGCAUUUUCAGAGGUGCAAAUGUCCAUGUUACUUACUAUACUAAGAAAUGGAUGAAUAAAUAUUGUUGCACAUUA